GCGCAUCUCACCGGCAGCUAACAACAUCAACUGAAGCUCUGCCUUACCGCUGGUGACUUGAUCACAUCUCGAUGUGCGUGCACUUUGCUCGCUGCAUUUGCAAAACACGUGGCUAUCUCUGUGCACAAGCCUGCGCUCUGCUCCUCAUCUUUGAUGUUUUCCGGUGCUCACUUCGACACUUCAAAAUCGAGUUGGCAAUCUUGAAUCAAUCAAAGACAAAGGAAGCUAAAACAGCCUCGCGGCUCGCACCUUGCCCUCCUCCGACGUCACUAUUUCAAGAGGCGGACUUGGCGUUCAGAACACAGCUUUCAGUGGUUGGGGCUCUCGAGGACUCUGGAUGCAGUCAAGGUCGCUUGGUCGCUGUUUGCUCACAAUCACGGAAUACCAUCGAAAGUCGACGCAUCCUGCGCAAAUCGCAGUGCGAGACCUUGCAGACGAUGCUCCUUCCCUAAUUUAUCCUCUAGAUCUGGGUACUGCACUUCAUGAUCAUGACGCGUUGCAAGCAGACGAAAAUGCAGCCGAUUGCGGGACGAAUUGCGAUCGACGAGGCUAGGCGAG